AAGUGGAAUGCAAAUAGGUUCAGUUGAUAAAAAAAAAGUAUCCAGACAAAAAAAAUACCAUCAAAGAAAGCAGAAUAAAUCAAAGAGAGAUAGGAUUGAGACUGUACAGUAUUCUGAAGUAUUAUCUCAAAAUGAUGUGGAGUCAGACAAUGCUGAGAAUGAUUAUUAUGACAAUCUUUAUUUACCAGAAAUAAAAAAAGUUUCUCAGCUAAAUACUUUAAAUGUAAAUCAUAUCGCUUUGUCAGCAUUACGAUUUGGUACAAGUAACAGAGCAACUGCAUCAAUAGGCACUGCAACAUUAAAAGCAGCCAAAGAUGCAGGUUUUUUGAAAGAUCAUAUAUUUGAUCAACACCUAGCUCUAGAUCAUAAAAAAAUUGAGAGAUCAAAGCAAAGAGUAAUGAAUGUCUGUAAAGAGAGACAUGAUAAUGAAGUUAAGAAAGAGGGCAUACAAUGUAUUAUGUUUGAUGGUAGAAAAGACCUUACUAAAACAGUUGUAUAUGGCAAUGAUGGUAAAUCUUAUCCUAGGGAGAUCAAAGAAGAUCAUUAUAGUGUCUGUUCUGAACCUGGUGGAAAAUAUUUAUUCCACUUUGUAAAUAAUUCAGAGGAGAGAGAAGCUCGAACACUUGCUGAACAUAUUGCUGAACAAUUAUAUGAUUGGAUAAUAGCACAUGGCAUUGAAAGCCAAUUAAUUGCUAUCGGAGGAGAUUCAACCAACCUUAACACAGGUUGGAAGGGUGGAAUUUUUCAAUUUUUAGAGAAAAAACUAGGAUUCAAACUUAUCUGGAUUAUUUGUGCGCUACAUACCAACGAAUUGCCACUUAGGCAUUUAAUGUUAGCUUUAGAUGGAAAAACUUUAUCUGAAAAUAGAUUCUCAGGAAACAUCGGAAAACUUAUUAACAUAGCAACAAAUCUUCCUAUUUUGACAUGCAUCCCUCAGCUUGAUUUUUUUGUAGACCUAAUUCAUCUCGAGAAAGAAGUUGUAGAUUCACUGUCUACAGAUCAGAAGUAUUUAUACAGAAUACAUAAUGCAAUAGCAUCAGGUGUUUUUCCUGAUGACUUGAAGGAGAUUCAAAUUGGUCCACACAAUCAUUCAAGGUUGUUAAAUCUCGCAAAUAGACUAGUCCGAAUCUGGUGCUCAGAGCAUUGUUUAAAAAACAAAGAUCUCCAAAACUUGAAAUUGUUAACAGAGUUCAUCAUGGGUGUUUAUUCCAUUAUGUGGUUUGAUCUUAAGACUAAACAUAGCUGGAUUCAAGGUCCACAUCAUAUCCUUAAGCAACUAGCCUUGGUAAAAAAACAGAACAAGUUUGUGAAGGAUAUUGUAUUACCGCAUGUCUGCUCCUCUGCCUGGAAAGCACACAGUGAAUGUAUUCUUCAGACAAUGCUCUGUAGUUCAGAUGAAGAAGAAAGGAGAUUUGCAGUGCAAAAAAUAAUUGAUUUUAGAAAAAAUAACGAUGUUGGAGACAGAAAAUGCAGGAUUAGAAGAAUACCAGUGAUAAACACUGAAUCAAAUAAUUUAAUAGAUUUAAUCAAUUGGGAAACAGAGUAGAUCAGUGAACCGGUUCUUACUUGUUGUUUGAUUAGAGAUGAUAUUAUACAGUUUAUUAAUAAUCCAAUGGUUGUCAUAAACUUCCCUAUUCACGGUCAAUCUAUUGAACGCAUUGUGAAAGAGGUCACCAGGGCAUAUGGUGUUUGGUGCCAAAAGAAGAGAUGGGUUCAUAAGGGCUACAAUGGCUCAUAGAGAGCUGAUGCCUGUGUGCCAAUCAAAAAAAGAUCUGAUGAAAAUUUUGUAAUCAGUAUUUUAACUUUUUAUUAUGAGUAAACAAUUUAUUUUAGAAAAAUAUGCGGAAAAUGCUGUUAUCAAUAUUUUAAUGUCUUAUUACGUGUAUAGACUUAAUAUACCAUAAAA